AUGUCGCUGGCACUAAAGCCGCUCACAAUAGAUGUGCAGGGGAAACAAUUGGACUCGAAGCAGAAGAAGUUCCAUUCGAACGUGAAGAAGGCGUUGGAGCGGUUCGACUUAGUUACAGAAUGGGCAGAUUACAUCGCCUCACUGGGUGCGCUGUUGAAGGCUUUGCAGAGUUGGCAACCGCAAUUUUCUAACGUCAAGUACUACGUGCCGUCACCAUAUGAGGUGAGUAGACGGUUGACCUCGUCUCUAAGCCCCGAACUACCUGCCGGUGUCCACAACAAAACCUUAGAAGUUUACACAUACAUCUUCGAGAACAUUGGGCUAGAAGCACUGGCCUCAGAGUGUAACAUUUGGAUUCCAGGUAUUUUGCCAUUAAUGUCGUACGCAUCGAUGUCUGUCAGAUCGACGCUUAUCGAGGUGUACGAUACAUAUCUGGUUCAAUUGCCCUCUCAGACCCUGCAAGUGGUUGUUAGACCGUUGCUUGCAUCGUUGUUCCCCGGGGUUGACGACGAGAGUAGUGAAUUUCUGGGCCCAACUUUGAAGCUGAUUGAAACUUUACAAGAGAACUUGGGAGACGACUCUCUGUUUUGGCAGACCUGUUUUAUCAUCAUGAUGGCUAAUAAGGAGAGACGAUUAGGUGGUCUUGUUUGGCUGACAAGAAAAUUGCCCUCUUUGAAUGCGGUGCCGCAUUUGGUAGCAGAACUAAACAAGACUGACGCUGCCUUGACGAAAAAUAGAUCAAAAGAUACUGCACUGGCACUCUUACUACCUCAAACUAAGAAAUUGUUAAAACCGGAACCUGGUUUGCUAAUUCGCUGUUUUGUCUGUGCUUUAGACCAAGACAAUGAUUUGUUGAUCAAAAGGGGUGCUUUGGACUUGUUGCUGCAAAGAUUACAUUUGAACUCUCCUGUCUUAACUGACAUUGUCAACGCAGAGGACUUAAAACUGUUAGUGAUGAGCUGCUGCAAGACGACUUUGGCGAAAGAUAUGUCCUUGAACAGAAGAGUAUGGAACUGGCUGCUAGGACCGAGCCUCAACAAUAACCCAGGAAAUGAUGGUGCUACAACACCGGUCUCCGCUGCAGACCUAAGUAUCAACAACUCAAAAUAUUUCAUGAAAUAUGGAAUUGAUCCACUAAUAAAUGGACUAGAGGAUAUGAUUAGUACCGCAGAUGGAAUUUUGGUUGCCCUUAGAGUGUGUCUUUUGUUCAUGGACCGCUGGGAAAUUGGUUCCCACGUCAUUCCAAAAAUGUUCAUCACGUUAUUGCGUGGUACUGAAAAAUUUCAAGAUAAUGAGCAGGUUAUGAAAGCAGCAAAUACAUUCUUUGAUGCUGUAGAGACUUUCAUCAUUUGGAGUGAGAUAUUCAAGUGGGUUAUUCAAAACGGGGAUUUUGCAUUCUUGCAGUUCGUUUUGGCAAAUUUUCAUAUAACAGGUGACGAGGAAAUUAUUGUUAGGCACUUACCACCGAUACUUUUGGCUAUAUUGAGCUUCUUCAACAUUGAACAGAACCGAGCGCGUUUGCCAAAAAAUAAGCAAAAUGAAUUGAUUUCACAAAUCUUAGAGUUUCUACCAGAACGCGCCUUCUUACCCCUAAGCAACUCUAAACUCAGCAUCAAAGAUGACCAUGAUCCCAAUACUACUUUGAAAGUUAUUGAUGACUACUACAGUAAAAUCCGCGACUCCAUUCUGACUUCUGAUGAUAAUGAAAAUCCAAAUGAAAUUACGCUUCCAUUCGCCACGGCUGAUUUGACCUUUUUGAUUGUUUACAACGUUUAUGAAUUAUUAUUGAGGGAUCUUAAGGUCGGUACGAACAUUAAAGAAUCCUCAAAACUCUUCGUCGCCGUAUUUGAAAAGGUUCCUGAACACAACGACGAAGAAAAUAAAAUACCCGAAAAUUGGUCAUUAAUCACAUUAACUGAUAAAAUUUUUGAAACCCUUAGAAAGGAUAAUUCGCCGCUCGAAACAGAUGCUUUGGUAGGCGUUUUGGAUAUAUACAGCCACUACCUCUUUCUGCGUAUGCCAUUAUUAGAAUCGAUAAAAAUGUUGAACCUUAUUGUUAGCUUACUAUGGGAAUAUAUGCUUAGCCCGAACUGGCAGGGUAUUGCCAUCAAAUCUUUGAAAUCACUGAUAAGAACUGUUCCAACCGAAAACAUUGAAGCUGCUCUUUGCUCCGCCUUCAAAAAUGAGAAGGAUGUCACCAAAAGGUUACUCGUUUUGGACUUAUUGUGGGUGCAUUCGAGCGACUAUGCUGCAAUUAUCAGACAGCCAUUAGAGUUGAUACUGGACGUACUUUUCGAUGAUCAGAAUCCCUAUUAUUUGACAGUUUCGAAGUGGAUCUUAUCACUACUGAAUUCGGGGACAUCAAAUAGAUUGUACCAAAUUUUAACAGAUGAACUAUCUUCUUUCCCGUUUUUAAAUAAUGAUACACUAGGAGAGUUUGAUGAUUUGGAAAUGUUUGCAUAUAGAGUCCAAGUGCUAAUCAAUGUCUUGCACACUAAUGAUGCCCUUGUCAUGAAGAACUUUUCUACAGAGUUGACACCAAACUCGUCGUUGGAUAAAUGGAAGAACCAAGAUGUUUCAACCUACAAAAAUCUUACGAUAGCAAUUUUGAUGAAGUUUUUGGCAUUAGAAAAUAAUUCAGAUGCGAAAAGCAUCAGGAGUACUCUUAUUCUUUUGAACUGUUUACUGGAUGGGACAGAAGAAAACUUCAAGGAUUAUAUUAUCUUUUUUUUGAAGCUAGUCAGCAAAUAUGUGACGGAAAUAAACCUCGAAGGUGAAUUAAUUGCUGUUUCACUUUUGGAUAUGGUCUCAAAAAUAUUAAGGCUAUCGCACAAUCGUGGUAUGAAACUAGAAAUAUUUACCGAUGAUGAUUCCCAUUUGAAGUUUAUUGAUUUCUUGGUGACGAGUAUAUCGAAAAUUAACAAUACCUUGGUGAUAACCUCGUAUGUCAAACUGCUAUCCGAGAGUAUAACGUAUUUCGGUAAUUCUUUAUUUGACAUUCUAUUGCCGUUGACCGCUUCUAUCAUACAGUGUAUCCAACGGUUCUUAAAUGCAGAGAAAGAAAAGGGAGGAUACUACCAAUCAAUAUCACUACUUUUAGGUGCUCUUGAAGAUAUACUAAAAGUUUCUCACAGUUUGCUUUCGAUGGACGAGAAAGACAGUUACUUCUCUGGGGUGGGAAAUACCGGCGAUUUUUUACAAUCUGUAGUUUCUAACGUGUUUUCUAACGAGAACCAGGAAACCGGAAUUAGGACACAAGGGGAGCGCGAUGUAAUUAUCCAAGCCUUUAAACAGGUCACUGUGUGCUCUUUAGAUAUAUGGACAUGGGCUCACAAAACAACUGGAGUUAUAGGGGGGAAAUCCAGUAGUACCCCAAACACGGGGAAUUAUAAUGCUUACAAAUUUAAGUUCAGGUCCAAGAAGUUACUUGAAACCCUCUUUCUUCUGGAACCUAUGGAGGUGCUUGAAAAUCUAAUUGUGAUCGAAUCUAGCGACAUGGUAAUUACGCUUAUUCACGUCCUAGAUGGGAAUAAACCAUCUUUAACCAUUCCAUUCUUCUUUUUUGGAAUAAUUAGUAGAUACAAUAAAGGAAGUGUUACGAAAUUUUCCAUACACAAGAGCUCCAAAGGAUCUGGGAGACUGGAAUCAUCAUUAAUUCAUAAGUUGAAAGGUGAAACAUUGAUGGACUUCCUUGUCACCUACGCAAAAUCGUUGGAAAAUACAGCCGUCGAGGAGUUCUACAACGAUUUCAUCAGUUUCUUUAAAGAUAUCGCCUUGAACUACACAUUGUAUAAGCCAAUAGCUUAUAAGGUGAUUGAAUUUAUUGGUAUCAUUGCAGAAAAGUUGCAGAAGACACAAUUCAAUCAACAAAAACAUUACAAGAAGGAGUUGUCUGAUAUUUUUGUCAAGUACUUGCCCAAUGCUAUUGCAGAGCUACCCAGUGAUGCCUUAGAAAAGAGCAAGGCACUUACAAUAGUAAGGCAUUUGGUUUCAAAAGUUCAGUACAUUGUUAAUGAUACUGUUGGUGGCGAUAGAUUUAGCUCCAUCAUAUCAAUCAUCGUUUCCCAAUGUCUAACAACCCCAUUGAAAUAUAAAGGGGAAAAGGACAGUAAACUUUCAGAUGAUUAUUUGACAUUGGCAACCUCUGUUUCCGAAGUAGGCGCUAAAGUAAAGAACUGGAAGGCUUUGAUAGCAGAGAUUUUUCAAGAUGAGAAGAAAAGUCCCUGUUUUGGUGAGAACAAACUGUGGAAUUCGAUCAUAUACGAAUGGUCCCAAUACCCUGACAAUAAAACCAAGUUAUUAGCUGAUUUACUGUUAGUAACUGGUUCAAAGAGAAUGGGGAUGACGCCAGCAUUAAUAACGUUUAAUUCGUGGAACGAUUCGGAGGUUGAUGCCAAGUGCCAAAACAUGUUGAAGAUAUCGUAUCUAUUGAUCAUUGCACCUGUGGACACAUACCUUCUGGAUUUCCAAUCAUUGAUAUCCUGUGUUUGCCAGUAUCUGGUUGGUAACGACUCGAAAAUCAAAACUACUUGCUGGAUUCUUUUGAGAGUGUUGUUUUUGAGGUUCUCGGUGUCGCAUUUCAAUGAUUACUGGGGGACGCUUUCAUACUGCCUGCAAACAAAUUUACAAGAGUUCUGCGAGUCAGUUCAGAUCCAGCAGAAUGUGGAUUGCAAUCUCGUCUUGCAAGUUUGCAAGACACUAGAUUUAUUGUUAGCGUUGGGUUACGAGGGAUUUACUUCCACUAACGAAUGGUUGUUUAUUAUUGAUACUGUGAACUGUAUCUUCAAAACGUAUCCGUAUGUGGCGUUAGUAGAUAAGAUCUCUGAAUUCAAAGAAUAUGGAAUUGGGCAGAUUGGUGAUAUUGAAUUGACCGAAUCCAAGGAACUAAGACUGCCCUUACUAUGCGGGGUACAUUCGAUAACGAAGCAGAGUCAGCUGAGAAACUUUUUCAGUGGGUUGAGUUACUCAUACUAUGAAAGUAUGUACAGUUUGAAACCACUCGACACGCCCGCUUGUGAAACCGAUGUAUUCGAAGACAUAUUCGCUCAAGUUUAA